AAAUGGCGGAAGUUUGUUUUGUUUACACUCUUUGCAUCAGUUUAAAACGUGACAAAAUGGUAUUGAGCGUACCCUUUUAGAAGGAUUGGACAAUUUUAACACUCAAAGAGAUCCCGGGUUCAUCGGGGGAAUUCGUUGAAUACAGAGAUCUGCGCGCAUUGCAUGCGAAGAAAUCGUCAACUGCAAAUAAAGCACGAAUUGUAUUUCAUAAUAGCGGUUGCAUACGCGGAUGUUUUUUUCCCCGCUGAAAUCAAUUUUCUGGGAGCGAUUUGUGACAGAAAAUCAGAGAUGAUUUAGAUAAGAUUAAUAUUUGGCGUUUCAAGAGAAGUUUUGAUCAAUACGCCUUUCUAAAAUGCUGGGAGUUUAACCAGUCUUGAAGAAGAAAGAUCGAAAUAAACCCAUUUAUGAAAUUACUGCUGUUAAAACUGAAAGGGAAGUCAGCAUUUUUUAUACAAUUUGAAUGUCAAGUAUUUGAACAAGUGUCGCUUAAAUUAUCACACUGGGGGACUGGCAUUUUUGUGUGAAAGUUUGUAUUCAAGUACACCGUUAUGUAAUAUUUAAUCGAACAAUUUUGUUCUGGAUUUAAAAGUGACAAUGCAUAUUUGAGAGGGAUCCGCGCUACGAUUAUUAAUGAUCUUAGAUGGAGAGUUCGAAAUGCCGAACGAUGUAAAUAUUAUAAUGGAGCCAGUUAGCUAAAGUGCCGUUCAAGAUAGCUUAAAAUCGUGGAUAUUUACAUAUUGACUUUUCCAUGAUGAAUGGACUUAUUUUCUUUUAUUGUCUGUCGAUAUUUUCAAUGUCUUAAAGCAACAGACAACGGGAUAAACUAUUAGGAGUCCAAGUGAAAAAGGGAGUAAAAAAUUGUGAUAUUUGAUAGAGAACCGGAAAUGGAAAACUGACAAUUUAUUAUACAAAAAUGAAUGAAACAUUCACAUAAGAAACUGUAACGUGAGUUAUUUUAAUGACUAUUUCUCACAGUCAUUGAAAUGUGAAUUAGAUUGUGAUGCUGUGAAGAGGUGAAAGUUGAAAAAAGCUUGCCAGAACUUUUUUUAGUGAAGAAUCGAGUGAAAUAUACAAUGUUAUUGAAGAAGAUGUCAGUUUUGUGCAACCGACGCGUGUUAAUGUUAUUGUUUUAUUUUCACCUUGUUCUGCUUGGCGUUAUUUUAAUUGUAGCAUACGAUAUUAACGUGUCACCAAAAGAGACUCAGUAUUUGAAGGCCUACAAUCGGUGGAGAGCCAUCAGAGAAAAUUUCGAUUCCUACCAUGAAGCGCGUGCAAAACAGGACGGUCGUCUGCAAAUGCGCGGACGACAAAUGGACGCCGUGGCGGGAUUUGAUUUCUUACGCGAUAACAACAAGAGAAGAAGCAAUUUGACAAUAUCAAACGGUGUUCAUCAACAAGUGUUCGCAUCAAGUUUAGAAAAUCCUUUAAAAUUUAUACCGAAAGUGCCGGAAUAUUCCGCUUCGGAUAUUGUGCCAUAUUUAUCCGAUAAUAUUACUAAGAAAUAUUUAGAACUUCCACGGACUAUUUAUACGUAUAAAAUUGUUAUACUGACUCCAGUGUGCGACGUUGCCCACGUGCUAGACAAUUACAUGAAACAGUUGGCAAAGUUAAGUUAUCCCCACAAUUUAUUAUCAGUUUAUUUUGGCGAAGAUAGCAGCACCGAUCGUACCUUUGAUAUGGCGACUUUAAUAGCAGACGAUCUCAAGACUAAUUAUGGUUUUCAUGACGCCGCGGCAUAUCAUUUUAAUGCUUCCGGUGGCGUCCAUGGUCCUUGGGGAGAAGUGCACUCAAGGUCAAGUCAGUACGAACGUCGCGCGCAUCUAGCUGUUUCAAGAAAUACGCUCUUGAAAGUUGGUCUGAAACAUGGUGAAUUUGAUUACGUUUUGUGGAUAGAUAGUGACAUCAAACAACUUCCGGUCGAUCUUAUACAACAGCUAAUAUAUGCAAAAAGUGACGUAGUUGUUCCUUCUUGUUUGUUUGAAAGCGGUGACUUGAAACGAACGUUUGAUAAAAAUUCUUGGCGGGAAACGCCCGCGUCUAUCGAGGACCAGGAACAUCUUCCAAAAGACAUACUAAUUGUUGAAGGGUACAGCACAACGCGGAGGAUAUACUUGCCCGAUUUGAAAGCGGAGGGAAGAGUUGUUCGUCUGGAUGGUGUAGGGGGAUGUGCCUUAUUGAUUAAAGCAAAUUGUCAUAGACGGGGACUCAUGUUUCCGGAGAAAAUAUACAGUAAUCAUAUAGAGACUGAGGGUUUGGCUAAAAUGGCCGACCAUAUGGGAUUUACCGUGGUAGGAGUGCCAUUCGUUGAGGUCUUUCAUAAUUAAUUUUAUGCAAUAGUACAUUUUAUACAUUCCACUAAGUCAAACAUUGUUAUUUUUUACGAAAAUGGAAAGCUUUUGCACUCACUAAUGAAUUACACUAAAAUAACACUGAUAUGAUUUAUAUAUUUUUUUACUCAGAGUCUCCAAGACAUGUAUUAUUUCCGCACUAGUUUUCAUAUAUUCAUAUACAUUAAUUAGUAACUUCUGGAUUUCCUUUCAGAGCAAAUAUUUGCUUUUGUUUGUAAUCUCAGUAUACCCACCCACUUUCAGGUGAUCACGAUAUCAGUAUUGAACUUAAUUUGUGUAUUCUAAAUAUACGGAAACUUUAAAAUGUCUGGGUUUUCCCGUGAUCGCUACAUGGCCAAUGGUUUGAGAUAUUAAUUUGACCGUAUUUUGCGCAUGCCUUAUGUUAAUAAUAGUACAAUAUUUUAGAGUUGUUUUUUUGUUCUAUAUUUGUUGUUGUUUUUGUCAGCAAUGCAAAGUUACAGUGAUAAAAUAUCACAACUUCCGCAGCGUAAUUCAUGAAUUAUUUAUAUAAUAUUCAUGCGAAUUGCCAUUUGGAAUUGCCCCAUCUGUCAGCUGCGCAAGUGAUCUCAAUAAAAUGUAAUUAUUCCAUUAACAGCGAAAUGUUUUUGCAGCGCCUUUAAGUGACAUUAUGCUGUUUUUCGCUGUCAAGUUGAGUUGAACAUAUUUUAAGAG